UUUAAUUUUGGGAUAAAGGUUUGACCAAAAGCUGUUUCUCGUUGAGCCGUGAAGUAACCUACAAGAGAAAAACAUGUGGAUUUUUGGAUGGAAAGGACCGUCUGGCUUUUCUGCUUCUUCUACAGCAGAGGAUGUUGCUCAAGGGGUUGAUGGAACUGCUCUCACUGCUAUUGUUACAGGAGCAUCAAGCGGUAUCGGCAUGGAGACUAGCCGUGUUCUCGCAUUGCGCAGUGUCCAUGUGAUUAUGGCUGUAAGGAAUGUGGGUGCUGGUAGGAAUGUGAAAGAAGCAAUACUCCAAGAAAUACCUGGUGCUAAGGUUGACGCUAUGGAAUUAGAUCUGAGCUCAAUGGCAUCAGUUAGGAAAUUUGCAUCAGAUUAUCAGUCCUCUAAUCUUCCCCUAAAUCUCCUAAUCAAUAAUGCAGGGGUUAUGGCAACUCCUUUCAAGUUAUCCCACGACAACAUCGAACUGCAGUUUGCAACCAACCAUUUAGGUCAUUUUCUUCUAACAGAUCUGUUGUUGGAGACCAUGAAACACACGGCACGAGAAAGCAACAUAGAAGGGAGGAUCGUUAAUUUAUCUUCGGAAGGUCACCGGUUUGCGUAUAGCGAGGGAAUCCGUUUCGAUAAAAUUAAUGAUGAAUCUGGAUACUCUGUUUGGUCUGCUUAUGGACAAUCAAAGCUUGCUAACAUAUUACAUGCCAAGGAGCUUGCUAGGCGAUUAAAGGAAGAGGGGGUUAACAUUACAGCAAAUGCACUUCAUCCUGGAGCAAUUAUGACCAAUCUUACGCGCCACCUUGGUUUAAUUAACAGCAUUGGUCAUAUGUUUGGCAAAUACUUCCUCAAGAAUGUUCAACAGGGAGCUGCGACCACAUGCUAUGUGGCUUUAAAUCCGCAAGUUAAAGGCGUUAGCGGAGAAUAUUUCUUGGACAGCAACAAAGGUAACCCGAGCUCUAAGGCUAAAGAUGCAGAUUUGGCAAAAAGGCUAUGGGACUUCAGCUUCACCUUGACCAAUCCCAAGUAGUUAAAGGUGUUUGCAUUCUGCCUUUUAUCCAUGAAAUCGUAACUGUAUGACUAGACUUACGUUUAAGAUGAUCCAUGUUUAGUGCCGGUACUCUUUAUCAUGUAGUUAUAUAAACAUGCAAAGUGUAUGUGGAAUGAUGUCAGUUUUAUGAAGAUUUGGAUGACAAGUGGAACACGUA